ACCAAAGAUGACGUCAUUCUCCUCUUACGUGAACAGCCUAUAUUUUUCUAGUUUUCAUUGCUAUCAAAAGUUUUAAUUAACUUCCAUCCAAUACAAUCAAUUUUCGUGUUUGAAGUACGAACGGCGAAUUCUCUUAAACUGCUCCGAAUAUAGUAACUUAACACAGAAUAUAGAACCUAGAACCAGCAAAACGAAACCUGGUCAAUUGUUGUCGUUCCAUGGUUGUUGUAGAAACUUCUCUAUAUUCGUAGUGUUUGGUUGUUCGAAAAUAUUUUCACAUUUAUUUUCAACAAUUUCUAAAUCUUAUGGAAAUGGCGGAUCCAGAAUUAGAAGCUAUCAGAAAACAACGUCUGGCUCAAUUGCAAUCUCAGUACAAGGGUGAUGGUUCUGGAGAAAAUUCGCAAAAGCCCAAUGAAGAACAAAUAAAGGCUCAAGAAGAUAUGAAAAACUCAAUAUUAGCUCAAAUUUUGGAUCAAACAGCCCGAGGACGAUUGAAUACUCUUAAAAUGGCUAAACCUGAAAGAGGAAACAUGGUGGAAGAAAUGCUGGUAAGAAUGGCAAAAACAGGUCAAAUUUGUACAAAAAUUGGAGAUAAAGAGUUGGUGUCAAUGUUGGAGAAUAUCAGUAAUCAAACACAAAGUAAGACAACUGUGAAAUUUGACAGACGGAGGGCAGCAAUAGACUCGGAUGACGACCUUUAAUUUAUUACAUUUUCACAAUUUCAAUUGUAUAUUUUCAUUAAUCAUAAUAAUAUUUUGUAAGUAAACAAUUUUCAACUUGAUAAAUCUUAACAAUAUAA